AUGGCUUCCCCUGAUGCUGUCGUUUCGCACGCUGCCUUCGAUGCUCUCCAAAUCGGUCUUCCCAGUUCGUCGUGGCUAGGGUUCUGCGUUUUUGGGACUCCAAAAACAUCAAGAAGCAAGGCGAGUUUAUGGGGAUCACGCUUCUUCUACUUGAUGAAAAGGUAUUGCAAACAAGUUUCAACGCCUAAAUUUUAUGUAGACUCUGUGAUUCUUGUGUUCAUCCCUGCUGUUCGGGCCAGUUUCUACCGGUCAUCCUUGCUUGACUAA